CCACGACACGGUGAAGCGUGCGGACGACGCGGGCGUAGGUAGACACGCACCUAACAUUUUGACGAGAUGGCGGAGAAAUCACGUCGAGUGGCACAAACGGAGGAUUUAUCGAACGUAGAGUUCGAAACCAGCGAGGAUGUCGAAGUUAUUCCUACCUUCGAUAACAUGGGUCUCCGCGAUGAAUUAUUGCGUGGAAUCUACGCGUACGGUUUUGAGAAACCGUCAGCCAUCCAGCAGCGAUCAAUCAAACCCAUCAUGAAGGGCAGAGAUGUGAUAGCACAAGCACAAUCUGGUACGGGAAAAACCGCCACCUUCUCGAUUGCAAUAUUACAGUCGCUGGAUACGCAAGUACGAGAAACCCAGGUUCUGGUUUUGUCCCCGACUCGAGAGCUCGCCACUCAGAUCCAGAAAGUUAUCCUCGCGCUGGGGGACUUCAUGAAUGUACAGUGUCACGCUUGCAUUGGCGGUACAAAUCUUGGAGAAGACAUCAGAAAGCUCGAUUAUGGUCAACACGUUGUGUCUGGUACACCUGGUAGAGUAUUUGACAUGAUUAAGAGGCGAGUUCUCAGAACGAGGGCCAUCAAAAUGCUGGUACUGGACGAAUCCGACGAGAUGUUGAACAAAGGAUUCAAGGAACAGAUUUAUGAUGUGUAUCGAUAUCUACCACCGGCGACGCAGGUUGUCUUAGUCUCGGCCACCUUGCCACACGAAAUUCUCGAGAUGACUAGUAAAUUUAUGACGGACCCCAUUCGUAUCCUCGUCAAACGUGAUGAAUUGACAUUGGAAGGGAUCAAGCAGUUCUUCGUCGCUGUCGAGCGAGAAGAAUGGAAAUUUGACACGCUCUGCGACUUGUACGACACGUUAACGAUAACGCAAGCAGUUAUCUUUUGUAAUACCAAACGUAAAGUCGACUGGUUGACAGAAAAGAUGCGAGAGGCCAAUUUUACAGUGUGUUCCAUGCACGGAGAUAUGCCACAGAAAGAACGAGACAACAUAAUGAAAGAGUUUCGAUCUGGUCAGAGUCGUGUGUUAAUCACCACGGACGUAUGGGCGAGAGGAAUUGACGUUCAACAGGUGUCGCUCGUAAUUAAUUACGAUUUGCCUAACAAUCGUGAAUUGUACAUUCAUAGA